CUGAGACAGACAGUGAUACUGUGACCAUUCCUGGGGCAUGCGUGUGCAGCCUAUCAGCAUACACCCUGGGAGGAGGACCGAAUCCUAGGCCAUGGAUUUUCCCCAGCACAGCCAACACGUCUUGGAGCAGCUGAACCAGCAGCGGCAACUGGGACUUUUGUGCGACUGCACUUUUGUGGUGGACGGUGUUGACUUUAAGGCUCAUAAAGCAGUGCUGGCGGCCUGCAGCGAAUACUUCAAGAUGCUCUUCGUGGACCAGAAGGAUGUGGUGCACCUGGACAUCAGUAACGCGGCAGGCCUGGGGCAGGUGCUGGAGUUUAUGUACACAGCCAAGCUGAGCCUGAGCUCUGAGAAUGUGGACGAUGUGCUGGCUGUGGCCAGCUUCCUGCAGAUGCAGGACAUCAUCACGGCCUGUCACGCCCUCAAGUCCCUGGCUGAGCCGGCUGCCAGCCCUGGGGAGAAUAUGGAGGCCUCAGCUGCGGAAGUGGGGGACAAGAGAGCCAAAGAGGAGAAGGCUGCUGCCACUGCGCUGAGCGAGCUGGACCCGGCUAGGAGCAGUCCGCCUGCGGGCCCAGGCCGGGAGCCCAAGGAGGAGCGUGGCGGCCAGGCCGAGAGCACGGGCAGUGGUGCAGAGCAGACGGAGAAGGCAGAUGCUCCCCGGGAGCCUGUGGAGCUCAAGCCGGACCCCACAAGUGGCAUGGCUGCUGCUGAGGCUGAGGCUGCCUUGUCAGAGAGCUCAGAGCAAGAAAUGGAGGUGGAGCCAGCCAGGAAGGGAGAAGAGCGAGAGGAGGAGGAGGGCGCCGCGCCCGCGGUGGUCAAGGAAGAGGGGCUGCCACUGGAGAAGGGUGAGGCCCCGGAGGAGAGUGAGGAGUCGGCCAGCACGGACUCAGGCCAGGAGCUUGGCGCUGAGGCGCGAGGCCUGCGCUCAGGCACCUACGGCGACCGCACGGAGUCCAAGGCCUACGGCUCAGUCAUCCACAAGUGCGAGGACUGUGGGAAGGAGUUCACGCACACCGGGAACUUCAAGCGGCACAUCCGCAUCCACACGGGCGAGAAGCCGUUCUCGUGCCGGGAGUGCAGCAAAGCCUUCUCUGACCCGGCCGCCUGCAAGGCCCACGAGAAGACACACAGCCCGCUGAAGCCCUAUGGCUGCGAAGAGUGCGGCAAGAGCUACCGGCUCAUCAGCCUGCUGAACCUGCACAAGAAGCGGCACUCGGGCGAGGCGCGCUACCGCUGCGAGGACUGUGGCAAGCUCUUCACCACGUCGGGCAACCUCAAGCGGCACCAGCUGGUGCAUAGCGGCGAGAAGCCCUACCAGUGCGACUACUGCGGCCGUUCCUUCUCCGACCCCACGUCAAAGAUGCGCCACCUGGAGACGCACGACACCGACAAGGAGCACAAGUGCCCGCACUGCGACAAGAAGUUCAACCAGGUGGGGAAUCUGAAGGCCCACCUGAAGAUCCACAUCGCCGACGGGCCCCUCAAGUGCCGGGAGUGUGGAAAGCAGUUCACCACCUCAGGGAACCUGAAGCGGCACCUGCGGAUCCACAGCGGGGAGAAACCCUACGUGUGCGUUCACUGCCAGCGGCAGUUUGCUGACCCCGGCGCCCUGCAGCGGCACGUUCGCAUUCACACGGGUGAGAAGCCAUGCCAGUGCGUUAUGUGCGGCAAAGCCUUCACCCAGGCCAGCUCUCUCAUCGCCCAUGUGCGCCAGCACACUGGGGAGAAGCCCUACGUCUGUGAGCGCUGUGGCAAGAGAUUCGUCCAGUCCAGCCAGUUGGCCAAUCAUAUCCGCCACCAUGAUAAUAUUCGCCCCCACAAGUGUAGCGUGUGUAGUAAGGCCUUCGUGAACGUGGGGGACCUGUCUAAGCACAUCAUUAUCCACACUGGAGAGAAGCCCUACCUGUGUGACAAGUGUGGUCGUGGCUUCAAUCGGGUGGACAACCUUCGCUCCCAUGUGAAGACUGUGCACCAGGGCAAGGCCGGCAUCAAAAUCCUGGAGCCAGAGGAGGGCGGUGAGGUUAGUGUGGUCACUGUCGAUGACAUGGUCACGCUGGCCACCGAGGCACUGGCAGCAACAGCUGUCACGCAGCUCACAGUGGUGCCAGUAGGGGCCGCAGUUACUGCCGAUGAGACUGAAGUCCUUAAAGCCGAGAUCAGCAAAGCUGUGAAGCAAGUGCAGGAAGAAGAUCCCAACACCCACAUCCUCUAUGCCUGUGAUUCCUGUGGGGAUAAGUUCCUGGACGCCAAUAGCUUGGCCCAGCACGUGCGGAUCCAUACGGCCCAGGCACUGGUCAUGUUCCAGACGGAUGCGGACUUCUACCAGCAGUAUGGGCCGGGUAGCACGUGGCCGGCCGGGCAGGUGCUGCAGGCCGGGGAGCUGGUUUUCCGCCCUCGGGACGGGGCCGAUGGGCAGCCUGCUCUGGCAGAGACAGCCCCCACCGCCCCUGAAUGUCCACCGCCUGCCGAGUGAGCAGGCACCCCUCCUCCUAUUUAAGGAUGGAUGGCACCCUAGAACUGAGAAGGGUGACCCCAUUCCCUAGAGAGAAUAAAUUUGAUUAUUUUCUAAUGCUGCCUGUAGCUCCCUGUGGGGGUGGGGCGGGGAGCUGGCAGCUCUAGCUGAUGCCACAGAAGGGCUGCUCCACCCAGCCACCAGCCAGCUGAGCCUACUUCUUGGGAAGGCCAGGCUGUCCCUUUGCAGGGAGCCCCGAGACCUGUCUAGAAGGAGGCUGACUCCUUCGCCUGAGUGUGGGCAGCACACCAGAGAAACUGCGGCUCCAUGAGCCCCAUCCCCUCAUCUGGUCUCCUCUUUGGAGGCCGCUCACCUGCUCAGCCUGAGGAUUGGACCUUCCCUCUCUGCCGUGGAAUACAGCUGUGACCCUGCUGCCCUCUGCUCAGGUGUUGGGAGCUGGGCCCAAAGGGCUUGGCCACACUGCUUACCAGGAUCCAGGAUCCAACCAUGCAGGGCCCAGCUUGAGGGCUCAUUCAGCCACAGCAGCAAGGUAGGCAGAGCACCAGACCAAGCAGGCCACAGGCCUGGUUCUCUUGGGCUUAAGGAAGCCAGAGAGCAGCACACUUGCUUCAUGGUAACUCUGGCUGCAAGAUCAAGGCCAGGCCAGCGUCAUCUUCUGGAAACAGUUUACUUGCUCUGAAUCAGUGGAAUCUCUAAGGUGAGGGGCUGGAGAGACAGGAAUGAGCGGCCAGGAGCUCUGAUGGGGGGGUGGGGGUGGGGUGGGCGGUGCAGCAGUGGGGAUGGAGAAGCAGGGGGUCAUGAGAUGCCAUCUGCCGCUUUUCCAUAUGGCUCGUCCCUAACAGCUUUAAUUCCUCACUCAGAGAUGGCACCAUUCGGCACUGGAAGUAUAGGUCUGUUUGGAGUGUAGGGAUACUGCAAGUGAGACCAGUCUUUGUGUUCCAUCCCUCCUUGCCCAACUCACCUUGUGGUGGGUCCAGCUGUUCGGAGGCAGCUGCUGCAGGGCCAGCCUGCGCCUUAUCCAGAGAAGGAAGGGACAAGAGGCAAGACCCCAAAGCUUUCUUAAUGUUUUUGAGUUUGACUGGGCAGUGGCUCUAUUCUUUAUUAAAUUUGAAGUGCCUUCAACAUUACCCAGAAACCAGUUGGGACCCUGAAGUGUCACCACCACAGCCGUGAAAAGGUGGCUCAAGUCGUAGUCUGAUGAGAAUUUUUUUGUACAAGGUAAAAUGAUCCUUGGGGAGGAUUAGUGGCAGAAAGGAGAUGGGUUCCAUAUACAGACUUAGUAGGGGAUUGAAAACAAACGGGGUGAGGGCUUACUGUUCCUAGAGGCCAAGGACCCCUGGUCCUCCCAUCCAAGUGAAAAUCACAUCCACACUUGACAUGUUUUGUAUUUUUUAAUAAAGUUUGUAAUCCAAUGGA